AUGCUAAAUAUUACAACAAUUAUCGUACUAGCGAUACUACUACGUAUUGGGUUCUUUCUAUUUGGAUUAUAUCAAGAUGAAUACAUGCCUGUGAAAUAUACGGAUAUUGAUUAUAUGGUUUUUACAGAUGCUUCUAAAUAUGUUUAUAAUGGGGAAUCGCCAUACUUGAGGGAGACUUACAGAUAUACUCCUAUACUAGCAUGGAUGAUAUUGCCUAUCAAUUGGGGUGGUCUGUGGUUUCAUUUCGGUAAGAUAUUAUUUAUGUUGGGGGAUUUAGUAACUGGGGUUAUUAUAAUCAAAUUGUUACAAAAGAGUAAGAUUAGUAAAAAUAAAGUGUUGAUUUUAAGUUCUAUAUGGUUAUUGAAUCCAAUGGUUAUAACUAUCAGUACUAGAGGAUCAUCAGAAAGUAUAUUGACUGUGAUGAUAAUGUUAUCGCUUAAUUAUUUAGCUGAGGAACGAUUCAAUUUAGCUGGGUUUUGGUUAGGUUUAGCUAUUCACUUCAAGAUUUAUCCAAUAAUAUAUUUACCAUCAGUUGCGUUAUACUUGACAAAAUAUCAACCAACAAUAAACAAACCAGUAUUGAAGUUAAUCACUUAUAAAAAUUUACAAUUCAUAUUAGUGACCUUGCUAACUUUUGCAAGUCUAAAUGGAAUAAUGUACUAUAUAUAUGGAUAUGAAUUUAUAGAACAUUCAUAUUUAUACCAUAUUACAAGAAUAGAUCAUAGACAUAAUUUUUCAGUAUACAACAUUUUAUUAUAUUAUAAAUCUGCAUUACCUACAUCAACAAAUUUAGAUAUUGAAAAAUUAGCAUUUUUACCACAAUUAAUAAUUUCAGCUAUAAUUAUUCCAUUAUUGUUAGCUAAAAAAGAUUUAUUAUCAUGUUUAUUUAUUCAAACUUUUGCGUUCGUUACUUUUAAUAAAGUUAUUACAUCUCAAUAUUUUAUUUGGUUUUUGAUCUUCUUACCACAUUUUAUAUCUAGAUCAAAAUUAAGUUGGUACAAUGGUUUAUUCAUAUUAGGAUUAUGGGUGAUGACUCAAGGUAUUUGGUUAUACAAUGCUUAUCAAUUGGAAUUUUUGGGUAUAAAUACUUUUGAUUAUAAUUUACUUUAUUCUUCAAUUGUAUUCUUUUUGAGUAAUUACAGUAUUGAUAAGUUUUAUGUUAUGUUGCAAAAUUUCGAUCCAUUUGGUAGUACUUUCGUCUGGGAAUUUAUUUCAGAAACAUCGCGAUAUCAGUUUCAUUUUUACAACCAAAUUGAACUCAUAAAAACUAAACACAACGAGUUAACCACAAUUAUGUCAAGACUAGAAUUAUACUCACCAGAAGGACUAAGGGUAGACGGAAGAAGAUGGAAUGAAAUACGUCGAUUCGAAUGUAGAAUAAAUACACAUCCAAAUUCAUCAGAUGGUUCAUCAUAUAUUGAACAAGGUAAUACAAAAGUAAUAUGUACAGUACAAGGACCUCAAGAACCAACAACAAGAUCACAAAGAAACGAAGACAGAGCCACCAUAGAAGUCAAUCUUACAAUAGCAAAUUUUGCUACAUUUGAAAGAAAGAAAAGAUCUAAAAGUGAAAGAAGAUUAAUUGAAUUAAAAACUACAUUAGAAAGAACUUUUGAACAACUGAUAUUAUUACAUUUAUAUCCAAGAACUACAAUAAUAAUAAAUGUACAAGUACUAAGUCAAGAUGGUGGAAUGUUAGCAGCAAUAACAAAUUCAAUAACAUUAGCAUUAGUUGAUGCAGGAAUAUCAAUGUAUGAUUAUGUUAGUAGUAUAAAUUGUGGAUUAUAUGAUCAAUCACCUAUUUUAGAUUUAAAUAAUUUAGAAGAAAAUGAUAUGAGUAGUUUAACAAUUGGAGUAAUUGGGAAAAGUGAAAAAUUAGCUUUAUUAUUACUAGAAGAUAAAAUGCCAUUAGAUAAUUUGGAAAAAGUAUUAAGUAUUGGUAUUGCUGGUGCUCAUAGAAUAAAAGAUUUAAUGGAUAUGGAAGUUAGAAAACAUGGUAAUUUAAGAGCUUCAAAAUUGGUGAAAUAA